UGAUCCCACCCUAGUACCAAUUGCGGCGUAUAGGGCAAUAAGUUAGUUUUGGUUUUGUCUCUAGGAGUUUGGUGUCGAUCAUAACCUAAUCCCACUCUUUAUGGAGCAGGGCAUGUCCCUUCAACAAUCUGUUGAUGAACUUGGUGUCUUGAUUGAUGGCUGCUAUAGACGUUGGUAUACCGCACUUGCCGAACUACCAUCUUAUGGAGAGAGGGUGGACCGCGAGGUGCUUCAUUUUGUUGACGUGUGCCGUAAUAUCGCCCUUGGAAAUUUGCAUUGGAGGCAAAUUUUCUCACACAUCUAACCCAGUUCUAAAUUGUCGGGAAUACCUACAACUUUCAGGAGUUACUGACACGCCCAACAGCUUUAUGACAGGCCGUUAUAUUGGCGCGGAGGGCCACAAU